AAACAACAAUGCGGCAAAGACCACGCUGCACGUUCUCUUUUCUCUUUAUUUUUCUUCUCAAAAAGCAAGUAGCUAUGAUUACAUACACCGAUACACAUACACUUGAUUUGAAUUAAAGAAAACAAAAGAAAAGAAAAAGAAGGCAGCAUCUUGUAGAGAGAGAGAGAGAGAGAGAUAACACUACACUACGCACACCACCACAAUGCUCCUUAGAUUUCUUGUGCCAUGGAUGCUCUUCUGCUUCUUCCUCCUCUGUUUCGCUUCUCUCUCCUCUUCAGCUAACCAAGCCCCAUAUGCUUUGCGCUUAAGCUGUGGGGCAGAACAGAAUGUUGAAACAAGACCAACCAGCACCAUUUGGCACAAAGAUUUUGGAUACAGCGGAGGAAUAUCCACCAAUGCAACUCAUCCUAGUUACAUUACUCCACCACUCCCAACUCUCCGCUAUUUCCCUUUGUCCCAGGGCCCUCAAAAUUGUUACAACUUUGAUGGAGUCCCAAAGGGUCACUACUCAAUCAGAAUCUUCUUUGGACUAAUUGAUGAGCUUGGGAAUAGCACUGAGCCCUUAUUUGACAUCUCUAUUGAAGGCACUCAAACACAUUCAUUGAAGCCUGGUUGGAGCACUCAGGAUGAUCAAGUGUUUGCUGAGGCCAUUGUGUUCCUCACCAAUGAUUCUAUCUCAAUCUGUUUCCACAGCACAGGUCACGGCGAUCCGGCCAUUCUUUCCAUUGAGAUUCUUCGGAUUGAUGAUAAGGCCUAUUAUUUUGUCCCAGGGUGGAGUGAAGGAGUUAUGCUUAGAACUGUUAAGAGACUGAGUUGUGGUUAUGGCCAGUCACGAUUUGGCGUGGACUAUAAUGGGGAUCCAAGGGGAGGAGACAGGUUUUGGCAACACAGUAAGGGCUUUGGUCAGUAUUCAGACGAGCCUAGAUCCGUUGAAACCAGAAUCAAACUGGCUACAUUGCCACCAAACUUCUACCCUGCGGCACUUUAUCAGUCCGCGGUUGUUAGUACUGAUACUCAGCCUGAUUUAACAUACACAUUGGAGGUGGAUCCCAACAGAAACUAUUCUAUUUGGUUGCAUUUCGCAGAGAUUGAGAACUCGGUGACUGAUGCAGGGCAAAGGGUGUUUGACAUUGUGCUGAAUGGUGAUGUUGCCUUCAGAGAUGUUGACAUUGUGAAAAUGAGUGGGGAUCGUUAUACUGCACUAGUGCUGAAUAAAACUGUUAAUGUUGAUGGGAGGAUACUGACAAUAACAUUGACCCCAAAGCAAGGUAGAGCUAUGAUCAGUGCCAUUGAGAUAUUUGAAGUUAUAAUGGCUGAGUCAAAAACUUUACCGGAGGAAGUAAGCGCAUUGCAAACAUUGAAGAAGGCGUUGGGGCUUCCACCCAGGCUAGGAUGGAAUGGUGAUCCCUGUGUUCCUCAACAACAUCCAUGGAGUGGAGUGGAUUGCCAAUUAGACAAAAGUAGCAGCAGAUGGGUCAUUGAUGGAAUUGGUCUUGACAAUCAAGGUCUCAAGGGUUUCUUGCCAAAUGACAUAUCCAGACUGCGAAAUCUACAAACCCUAAACUUGAGUACAAACAGCAUCCAUGGAGAAAUCCCAUCCUCACUAAGUGAAUUAACUAGCCUGCAAGUACUUGAUCUGUCCUAUAACUUUUUGGAAGGAGCAAUCCCAGAAAGUCUUGGAGAGUUGACAUCAUUACAGAGACUGAACCUAAAUGGGAAUAGGCUGUCUGGAAGUGUUCCAGCAAGUCUAGGAGGAAGACUAUUGCACAGAGCUAGCUUCAAUUUUACGGAUAACAGAGGACUGUGUGGUAUACCUGGUUUACCUAGCUGUGGACGUGGUCUCUCUGGGGGUGAUAGAGCGGGCAUUGGAUUAGGUGUUAGUUUCAUGGCGGUGGCACUUGUGGGAGGAUCAGUUUGCUGGUGGAGAAGGCGCAACAACAUUCUGCGAGCUCAACAAAUUGCAGGAAAGUCAGCAGCAUACGCAAAAGCCAGGACUCAUUAUUCACGUGACAUCCAGAUGACAAGGCAUCAUCAUCAUCAUACUCAUACCCACACUGCUGUUGAGAAUGGCCCUAUAUUACUUUCAUGAUCUUUUCUUAUGUGUAAUUUGUGUAAAUCAGCAAAGUUUUGUCCAUCAAAGAAACUGGGCUCCUACUUGGGUUGGGCCUCAAGUGGACUUAAGGCACAUCUUUGAUAAAUGAGGAGUGUGUUGUUAAUGAA